ACUCCUCUUUGUGCCAUCCACUGUGUUGCGUUUUUAACGGCCGACGUUCGAAGAAGAGAGCUUCCUUUCGGUCUUCCUCAUUUGAAAAGAUAGGUCGUUUUUACUGUCUAUACGCUUUUCCCAUCUCUCUUGCUCACGUUUGGAAACUCUAUCUCACUGGCAUAAUGGCAGCGAUUGGCAACCGUGGAACUGUGACUGAAGCCGCUGGCUUCAAGGUAGAGGAGGAUGUAAACCGACUGAGAGGAGCCAUGAAGGGGGCUGGCACGGAUGAGGCAGCUGUCAUUGAGGUUCUGGCACGUCGUACCAUUGCUCAGAGGCAACGCAUCAAGGAGGCUUACAAGCAGACUGUGGGGAAGGACCUGACAGAUGAUCUGCAGGGAGAGCUGACGGGGAACUUUGAGAACGUGGUGCUGGGCCUCCUGAUGACCGCUCCUGUGUAUGAUGCCUACGAGCUGAGGAACGCUAUGAAGGGUGCUGGAACAGAGGAGGCUGCUCUCAUUGAUAUCCUGGCCUCAAGGACGAACGCUGAAAUUAGAGCCAUCACAGCGGUGUACAUCAAAGAUUAUGAACAUAACCUGGAGGACGAUAUCGAUGGUGAUACUUCUGGAAUGUUCCAGAGGGUUCUGGUCUCUUUGCUCACGGCGGGGCGAGAUGAGAGCAACACUGUGGAUGAGGCCCAGGCUGUGAAGGAUGCUAAGGAUAUCUACGAGGCUGGGGAGGCUCGUUGGGGAACAGAUGAGGUCAAGUUCCUCACUGUGCUCUGUGUGAGGAACAGAAAUCACCUACUCCAAGUGUUUAAGGAGUAUCAGAAGAUCUCUGGGAGGGACAUCGAGGACAGCAUUAAGAGGGAGAUGUCUGGCUCUCUGGAGAAUGUCUUUCUGGCAAUAGUGAAAUGCCUUAAAAACAAGCCAGCAUUCUUUGCAGAGCGGUUAUAUAAAUCCAUGAAGGGUCUGGGAACUACAGACAGCGUACUGAUUAGAAUCAUGGUGGCUCGGGCCGAGAUUGACAUGUUGGACAUCAAGACCGAGUUCUUGAAAGCGUACGGCAAGACUCUCCAUUCCUUCAUCAAGGGAGACACAUCUGGAGAUUACCGCAAAAUCCUGCUGGAGUUAUGUGGAGAGUAGGACGUUGAACAUGUAGGACAUCAUCCAGCGAUGACUUCACUCUGCCACAACACCAUUGGUGCCUCUACUAUCUGCUGUUUCCAUUGCUUCCAGCUCUCUCGAUAUCCUCUGCUCUUCUGUAGCCAGAGCAUUUUAGACUGACCAUGAUGCCUUUUUUCACAGUUUUGUAAUACUGAUUAAACCAAAGACAAGUGACAUUUUA